GACGUCACCGUCUGUCAGCACGUCGACAUCGACGAGCGUGCGAGCGUCAUUGUAGCGGUCUGAGCUUGAACCGUGUUGUUUGUCGUUCUUUUGCGUACAUCGUCGUGGACUCACUCCAGUAAAAUAAGUGCGACGCCGAUGUGGAUAACCAUCGGUUGACGUUCUGACCGUUCCGUUUUUCUCCUCCAGCGACUAUCUGAAAUAUCGACAUGUAUCUAAAAACGUGGAAGGAAUUCGAAACAGCCUCGUACAAUCUGCUCCUCAAAGAUCCAACCAGGGUCAGGUGCACUAUGAAGUAUUGUCAUAGUCAAUCAACUGUGCAAUUAAAAGUAACGGAUGAUAUUUCGUGCUUGCAGUUUAAAACUUCAGAUAUUCAAAAUGUAAAGAAAAUUGAAGUAUUUUAUGCUACAAUUAUGAAACAAAUAACAUCUAAUGAACUUUGAAAUUGUAAUCAAAAAUAUUUAUUUUAAAUUGUGAAAAUGUAUAAUUGUUUAAGUACUUAUUGUUAAAACAUUAAAAUAUACAAAAAAAGUGUAUAAAUAACAAAAUGUAAGAACAUUCCAAACGAAAACACUUAAUACCAUAUUAGAUAAUAGUUGUCUUAUUAUUUGAUGCCGCAAUAAUUUUGAAUAAUUAUUUAUUAUUUGAGAUGGGAGUUUGCUACUCUUAAAAACAGCAAAAAAAAAUUGCUCAAAGUAUAAUGCAUUAAAGUUGUAAUUUUGAUUAAUAAUGAAAUUAAACAAUGUGUUAUAAAUUUUACAAAUACUGUGUAAAUACUAAUUUAUGUAUUUUUGUUUACCUAGUUAGCUUGGUAAUAUUAAGACUGACUUUAUUUUCAAAAGAUUUGUUCUAAAAAUUGAAUAAAGUUAAUUAUUAAUUAAA